AUGUCGCGACCAGAGGAUACUCUAUCCGCCGAUGUUCACUACAAUGACUCCGAAGCACGCAAAUAUACCACCUCUUCUCGUAUACAGAACAUUCAAGCUUCUAUGACACAUCGGGCUCUGGAACUCCUCGAUCUCUCGUCGCCUUCUUUUAUUCUAGAUGUUGGCUGUGGAAGCGGCUUGUCGGGUGAAAUACUCUCCUCGAUACCCCCUAACGAAGGUGGCCCACAUGUAUGGGUGGGUAUGGACGUGUCGGCUUCCAUGCUUGACGUCGCUCUACAACGAGACGUGGAAGGCGACCUGUUGUUGGCAGAUAUUGGACAAGGAGUGCCCUUUCGACCGGGAACGUUUGAUGCCGCAAUCAGUAUCAGUGCCAUACAAUGGCUCUGCAAUGCAGAGAGCAGCGAUGUGUCACCCGCGGGGCGACUGUCGAGAUUCUUCAAUGGCCUAUACUCAAGUCUGAAAAGGGGCGGACGGGCUGUCUGCCAGUUCUAUCCCAAGAAUGACGAGCAGAAGAAAAUGAUUACAACUGCAGCAGUAAAGGCAGGGUUUGGAGCUGGUCUACUCGAAGACGAUCCCGAAACCAAAAACGUCAAGGUGUAUUUAGUUCUCACGGUUGGUGGUGGUAACAUUAACGGCAGCGGUGAUAUCACAGGGGUAAUAAAGGGCAUGGAAGAUGUAGACGUGCUGGACUCAAGGCGCAACAAUCGAAACGGCAAGGGCGAGAUCAAGAAGGGAAGCAAGGCAUGGAUCGUCAAGAAGAAGGAGCAGAUGGAACGAAAAGGAAAGGUUGUUAAGGCGACAUCUAAAUACACGGGGCGGAAGAGACGGGUUAAUUUCUAG